UGUGUGCACAUCAGCAACCUGUUAUAGUAACACCAUGCAUAGCAAGAAAUAAUACGCUAAAUCAGAUCAUGACAACUUAAAAUUGACCUAUGGAGUGAUAAAAUUAUGUUAUUCUGCAGAAUUGGUUAAGUUGUUCGUUACAGCGACGAAUUAUGAAGGUAAUACGGGUUUUUAGCAAAUUCUAUGCGCGUAUAGGCUAGAUGCUGCAUCUAACUGAUGAUGCUUCUUAUUAGUCAGUCGCAGAAGUACCAGCUAAACUGACUAAAAUCAAAGUUGUUAGUAUGGCUCACUCAGUCUUCCAUGAUAAAAAGCAACUGAACACGUGAAAAAAAUAAGCUUCACAAAUGUAUUUUUGUGAAGAGUAAAAAAAACGCUUUUCGAGAUAGCGUUGGGAGCUUUAGACGAUGGCAACUGUCUGCAGAUAACUGAAGCGCCAGCCCCGGCAAAGCAAGGACAGCAACGCAUGUAAAGUAGCUAGCUAAGUUACUAGACUACUAGACUAGCUUUAAUAAUGAACUGAAAAAAUACGAAGUAUUGGUUCGGAUCGGCAAGGUUUACCAUAAAUUAAUGUGGAUAAUAGUCGAAUGAUUCUAGAAAACUAUACAAAUCUAAGUAAUGGAAACAAAAGAAGAGAAUAUCGUCAGGCCGACAAAUCCAGCGAGUUUCCUUGCAGGGGAGACCGGCUCCAAAGAACAAAUUCCGGGAUGUUUCACCAUUGAUUUCACGGUGGCCGUGGUACUUCCAGCCGGUGGAUCUGGAGAGAGAACAGGACUGUCGACACCAAAACAGUUCUGCACGUUUCUUAAUAGACCACUGAUAAGCUACACGAUUCAAGCCUUUGAGAGAAUAACAUGGAUUGAAAACAUUGUUGUUGUCGUUGCCAAAGAUAGCAUUGAUCUGAUGGUGAAAAUUGUUCAGCAAUUUGGUCACCAAAAAGUUAAAGUGGUGCUGGGGGGGUCAACGAGACACAAGUCCAUUUUUAAUGGGCUGCUGGCCUUUGAGGAAAGGGAAGGGGAGUCAGCACUGAAAAAGCCAAAGGUGGUCAUUAUCCAUGAUGCUGUCAGGCCAUUUGUUGAAGAGGACUUCCUUCUCAAGAUAGCAAUUGCAGCUAAGCAACAAGGGGCCUCUGGAGCUAUAAGACCUCUUGUAUCCACGGUGAUUGCUACAACAUCUGAGGGCUACCUGGAUCAUUCUUUGGAAAGAGCCAAAUACAGAGCAAGUGAGAUGCCCCAGGGCUUCCUCUAUGACAUCAUCUAUCAGGCUUAUGUGCAGUGCAGCGAGACGGAUUUUGAGUUCGGGACAGAGUGUCUCCAUCUGGUCCUGCAGUACUGCGGUACCAAUGCCAGACUCAUCGAAGGCCCCCACACUCUGUGGAAGGUGACCUACAAACAAGAUCUUUUUGCUGCUGAAUCGUUAAUUAAAGAGACGCUUGCCCAGACGGCCUGUGUUGUCACAGGCCUGUGUGAGGAGUCAACGCGGUUAGCGGGUGCGCUGCAGAAGACACUGGCAUCUCAGGACAUGCAUGUGGACAUCGUGCCGACUUCACAGAGAAGCAGCGGCACGUUCAUUGCAAAGACCUGGAACUUCGUCCAGGUCACAGUGAAUGGUGCUGGUUUGGCUGACGCAGAAGAGCUGUUGAAGACAUUUGAGGAGACUGCUCAUUCAGUUCUGUAUUCAGUUGUUCUGAUUUUGGUGCAUUUAGGCGUGUCGGAGCAGACCUCUGCCAGCGAGAGGAUGGCAGCGCUGGGCGGCAUCAGGAACCUUGCAGCGGAAGCGAAAAGGAAAAAUAUUUUGCUUUACGGCAUCCUGCUCGAUCGCGUAAAGGAUGCGGAACGGUGGGAAGAGGCUGUGGAGAACCUGUCCCAGAUCACUGCCGCCCUCAUCAAGGAGCGUAACCCUGCUCUCACUGGACAGCUGCUGUGGGCGUGAAGACCGCCUCAACCCCCGUUUAGCAGCCUCGCAUUGAAAAAACACUUCUCCUUUCUGUUAGGCACCACAGUUCUGUACCCAACUGAAUUAAUUACCGGACUGCUGAGGGUCCAGACUGUGCAGCAAGACAGGUGCUUUACAUACAUGGUUACCUGUGUUUUAUACACUACUGAUAGGAGAGCUGUUAUAUUGGAGUGUUAUUAAAGGACUGCAUUUGACAACAGCUGUUUAUUACUUCCCUCAGCUCUUAAUGCAUACGAACUUGGAUGGAAUCCUUCGCCUGUUGGCUGCAAACACUCCGCUUCAUGUGCUGAGGAGGCACGUACUCCAGAAUAGAAUAUGCAGUACAAUAUGUGCCACAACCCUGCAGUUCCAGCUGUGGCCUGAUCAGUUUGAUGUUCAGUUUUGGUGACAAUUGAGAGCCUUCAAUUCUGAUAUAGAAUAUGAGCAAACAUGGAACUAAUAAGAAAGCAAAUGUUCACAGCAUAAUUUAUCUUCAUAGAUAUGUAGUAGAUUCUUAAGUAAAUCCCAUUUUUUUAUAUUUUUAAAGGAAUAAGUAACGUUCACAUCAUUGGACUUUUCCAUUAUAUUCUUAUGUAGAUGAAAUCAUAUGAAAAUUUUGCAAUAGAUUGUAUCCUCUCCAAUUCAAAAUGGAUUUGAUUUCAGUUGUGCAGUGAAUAAAAAAUGUAGAGAAGCCCA